AAGGUCAUCGGAGACGUAGAAUGACAAUUGAUGAUGAGGAGACUGACAAAUCAUCCACCCAGAGUCCUAAGAAGGCGCUCCAGGUAUUCAUUCGACGACCACACAAGAAAGGCGUGCACAAGUUGGAACACAAACGUUCCAGCUCGCCUUCAGUAGCUUCCCGUAAGCGCUCGGGACAAUUGGUGAUCAGCAGCAACCACGGCUUACCUUCCAUUGGUCGGAAAGUUUCAGAAAUACGGAAACCUGUACUGACAUCGGUGCACAGAUCCGAGAUCGAUACCAACGAUUUGUUCCGAGAGAACGACGAUUCCGUCUUCCCGGAUGUUGCCUGCGUGUCCGAUACUCUCUUGGCAAUUCAGAGCCUAAAGAACGGCAGUAGAUCCCAAACGAUUGCGAUACCUCUUACGCAAGCGCCUGGAAGACAAGCACAGCAACGAGCACCGCAUUAUAUACACGGAAUUCUCGAAUGCCAGCUCUAUAUUCUGAUAAAGGAUGCGAACAACCAUUUCCCAUCAGUCGGAGGUACAGUACCGUCUUUGCAAGUUAGUACAGAAUUGCCGCAACUACUACGGGCGAAUAAAUUGCGGAGACUUUCCUCCACUACGCAAUCCUCCCAUCCGCUGACCAUCUUGCUGGAAACGAACGAUUACGUUCGCGCCGUGUGGGAUGCGCACCACCGGUACCCGGGUAAUGCCGCUGCCACCGAAUGGUUUCUCAGCAUUCUCCCCAAAUGUACCGGGCUCUGCAUUCCAAUAAUACAGCUAGAAGAACUGUACCGUAACAGUUCCGUGGAAUGCAGCGAGCCCCUGGAGUCCAUUCUUAAGCAAUUGCAGCAGAUGCAAGUGCUCAUGGCGUCGCAUUCGUCCGGCGUUUUUCAAUUGUGGCUGCCAUCUUGGGGUCUCGUUUUGAACGCUUGGGAGGCAGCCCGCAGAAAACUGCUUUUGCAGCUCAAGCAGAGCUCGUUCCAGGAACGUUCCGUACAAGCUUUGCAACAAGAGUAUAGCCCAAUCGACACGAAGCUUCUGAUUGACUGGAUGGUCGACCAGGGCGAAGUGCAAUUCCGAAAACGACCCGCAGGCGUCUUUGUCAAACUCCUGGCUUCUGAUGAGUCUUGGUCGACAAGAUAAUUCAGAGAGACCAACAACUAAAUUUACGUGUUAUGUUAGC